CGUAAAAAUAAAACAAUAAAAAUAAAUAUUCAUGGAUCCUAGUAAAGGUAAUAUUUGGAUUAAGUGUCAUAGUGGGGACAAAGAAGGAAGAAACUGUACUUGUACAUAGCUAUUUAAUGAAUAUUUAUCAGUUUUGGAAGAGGAAAAAGAAGAAAUCUGGUAAUAAAAACCACAGUCAAGAAUCCCAAAGCUCAGAAAUCUCAGAUAAAGAAGAAAGCCUAUGCUGGUCCUAAUAACGAUUCCAUAUUUAUCAGAGACGAUGAGACACAAAGCAGCACUGAAACGAUCUCAACACUCCAAAAUGACAAAACAUAUAAAAAGCUAAAGCAAUUACGCUACAACAUCCACGAACUCUACACCAAAAAGAAGCCUAAAUCCAGCCACAAGAACAAACUCAUCUACAAAUCCUGCAGACUAGUAGAAUCCAACUCCCAAGCUAACCUCUCCACUCAAAAUACCAAAAGAAAGAAAAAGCCUACUGAAAAAGUCCAAAACAGACUUUCCUCUAUGAAGAGAAUGCAGGACAAUAAGCCUAAGAAGUUGCUGAAAGCUGACCAGUCCUGAAUCAUCCAGCAGGAUUCCAAGAAAAAUCUAAAGAUGUCUAGCAUCCAAGUUAUUAAGGCGAAUAGUACUGAUAAGAGAGACAAAUAGAAACAUCAUAAAAUCACUUCAAGUCACUGAAAAUAAGGGUAAAAUUAUUCACAAAUCAGUCCUACCAAAAACAAAGACAGGUAUCAUCAUGGAAGAGAGGGAGAAAUUAAUGAAGGAGUCCCUCACUAAUAACUUUGAGAGAUUAAAGACCUCUAAAGUAUUCUCUGAUACUUCCCCAGAAACCUCGAUGACUACCAUACCUAGAGAAAUGAUCUUUGAAACUUCUGAGCUAAAAGAAUCUAGAGAGAUUCUUUUGAAGAAAGUUCAUACAAAGAGCCAAUAUUCAGCCCCUCCUAGGAGAGAUUGUACGAGUCCUAUUAAGAAACAGCUAACUUCUAAUAAAUAUGAAGUUCCUGUUGCCACUUAUGAUGAGAACUACAGCUUUAAGAACUCGAGACAAGCUGGUAACUACAAAUGAUCAUUAUGGAAACUCCAGAAGACAAAAGCAAAUAACAACAUGAAGAAGCUAGCACAAACUAGCAAUUUGGAAGGAGUAAAGGUCAAGCCUCAUUCUCUGAUCCACCCUGGACUUAAGAGGCCAAGAGUGGAUUCUUUCAACUCCUCUAAACAAGGUGGCCCUCUGGGUAUUGAACGUAGAAGUAAUGAACUUACCUUAUCUCAAAAAGAAGAUAAUUCAAACUUCAGCAGUCGCAACAGCAAGAGCAUUCUUCCAGAAGGACAGAGUUUACCGCUAGAGGAUUGAAAAAGUGCGAAAAUUAAUGUUAAGAAAGACAGGAGAGUUAACAAAUUACUCUAUUCUAACAAAAGCGACAACGAUUACUAUUGCCCUCAAAUAAGAAAUAACUUCCAAGUGAAGAGAGAUGUAGCUGAUUUCUUCCUCCUCAGUUCCACUCCAUCAGAAGAGAGCAAGAAAUUGGUCAUCAGUGGAAUAAGUAGUAAAUAAGAAGAGCAAGCCUGUAGAUGCCAGUUCAAUCUACAGACGUCCUGCAAAGAAACAAGAAUUCAUUCCCUGGAGAGGGAAGCACAGAGAUGAUCGGUUCCAGGUGACUUCUCCAAGCUAUAACUUUCAAAAGCUGAACGGGGUCCCUCAAUAUGACUAUCUUGCGAGGUCUAAUCAGGUGAGGGAGAAACCUAGCUACAACGUAAAGCUUAAAAGUCACUCUAGCAAUAUAUUUGUUGCUUCUAUGACAAGCAAUCUCUAAUGAAAUUAAAGGCUUUUAAAAUUUUUACAACCAAAUUAUUAUGCAAAAUUUUAGCUGUAAAGCAAUUUAUGUGCAGCCUCAAGGUUAAUCGGAUAAGUUGAGAGCAAAUUCUCAGCCAAUUUGUUCG